AUGCGAAGUAACGUCAUUUGCGGAGACAUCCUCGCAGUCGUUUUCCGUUACAUCUUCUGGAUUCUCUGGUGCAAGGGGGAAGAGUACACCCACGAGGACACCCAGAUUCUGGGGGGCGUAAAUCUUGCUUCCGCCCUCCUCAGCCUCAUGGGGAGCUCGUUCGUGGUGGUGCACUACCUCAUGUUCAGCCGACGCCUGGUCGUCUCCCAAAUUAUCUUCUGGCUGGCCAUCGCCGACUUGAUGGCGUCGUUUGCGAUUGCGCUGAGCCAGAGCUGGCUCUUCGCUGCCUCGGAGUACAGUUGGGCGACGUGCCUCACGCUGCGCAGCUUCAUCGAGUUCUCUGUUGUGGCAUCGUUCUUCUGGUCGUCGUGCAUCGCCUUCUAUCUGUUCUACGCAAUCGUGUGGCACAAGGAUAUGAUGCUUUCCGAGGGAAGCAAAGGCACGAGCGCAGGCAAGAAGUGGAACUGGACGAACGUGUUCAUGAUCGUUGCCCACAUCGUGUGUUGGGGCACGCCUCUGGUGUUUUGUAUUAUUUUGCUGGCCGCGGACUGGUACCAGAAGACCGAGAGCGGAUGGUGUCACCCCAAGGAGCCCUAUCUAUUCAUCUUCUGGGAGCUUCCCAUGAUCAUCUCGUUCUUCGUGAACAUCUUUCUCUAUGGCAUCAUCGCCUUCUAUGUGCAGCGAAGAAGCCGAAAACACCGAGGGACGAAGAACCAUCUAUCCGCAAAGAUCCAGCACCGACUCGCGCUGUUCGUGCUGGUGUACGCCGUGUGCUGGGCGCCGAACGUCGCGUCGCACAUUGAAACCUAUAUUGCUCCGCACUGCUGGCUCUUCUGGCUCGGCCUCAUCCAGAACGCUUUCUCUCCUGCACAAGGGUUCUUGAAUUGCGUUGUGUACGGGCUGUCGAAUCAGGAGGUGUGGUCGCGCUACCGCUGGUGGCAGCACUUGCUCAUGAUCAUCGCGUCGCCCUUCAUCGUGCUUCCCAUCAUCGUGCUGGCCUCUCUCGAAGAAAUCCUCCGCGUGGCCAUCCCAUCGCUCCACGCUCGCCUCUUCCGACGGCAGUACGCCGAAGUCGGCAGUGUCAACUACGCUCGUCGAGCGUACAGCCCGGUGAGCGUAAACGACAGCCUCUCCGACCUCGAGACCACUGACACCUGA